AUGGGAAGUUGUUUAAGCAAGAAGAGCACUUCUUCUUCUUCUUCUCCUGGUCCAAUUUUAAAGCCACAAGCACAGAUGUCCAAUACUCCAUUGGAGAAAAAGAAGGCAGAAGAAGAAAUUGUGAUGAAAAAUAAUUUUGUUACGAAACACCGGAAGAGUCACGAAGUCGAAAGGCCGUCUGAAGAGGAGAAAACUGAAGUACGAAAGGCCACAGAAGUAGUCGAAAUGGGGAAAAAUUUGAGCCCGGGUAAUGAAAUAAAUGGUGAAUUAGGUAAUGGGAAGGAAGAGAGGGGAUGGAUUGGAAGAAGAGGGAAAAAUUGA